ACUUUUCAAAGAAUGGGGCGGCCAUGGCGCAAGCCCAUACGUAAGCCCACACUCUAAAUUUCUUAUAAAUUGCAUUUCGUACCCCAAAACCCUAGCUCUGUUUUUCUCGUUCUUGAAGCCUGGAUUGGCCACCGAGACUUCGCCAUGGGAAGAAGACCUGCAAGAUGUUACCGUCAAAUCAAGAAUAAGCCAUAUCCAAAAUCGCGGUAUUGCCGUGGUGUGCCAGAUCCCAAGAUCAGGAUUUAUGAUGUUGGUAUGAAAAAGAAGGGUGUUGAUGAAUUUCCAUUCUGUGUGCACUUGGUCAGUUGGGAGAAGGAGAAUGUCUCCAGUGAGGCACUUGAAGCUGCUCGUAUUGCGUGUAACAAGUACAUGACCAAGUUUGCUGGAAAAGAUGCUUUCCAUUUGAGGGUCAGAGUCCAUCCCUUCCAUGUGCUGCGUAUCAACAAGAUGUUGUCAUGUGCUGGAGCUGAUAGGCUCCAAACUGGCAUGAGAGGUGCUUUUGGCAAGCCUCAGGGUACCUGUGCUCGUGUGGCUAUCGGACAGGUGCUACUGUCUGUUCGUUGCAAAGAUGGCAACAGCAACCAUGCUCAGGAGGCGUUGCGACGUGCCAAAUUCAAAUUCCCAGGCAGGCAAAAGAUUAUUGUGAGCCGCAAGUGGGGGUUCACAAAAUUCAGCCGCAAUGAUUAUGUGAAAUGGAAAUCAGAAAACAAGAUUCUUCCUGAUGGUGUUAAUGCUAAGCUUCUGGGAUGUCAUGGGCCAUUGGCGAAUCGUCAACCAGGAAGGGCAUUCUUAUCCGAGGGUCCAACUGCUUAAGAUAUCUUCCGCGGGCUAGAAGUUGACACAGCUGUCUGUUUCCAUUUGUUUUUUUUGGAUGUUCUUUUAUGAUAAUCUGAUCUUGUUUAGUCUUAUUAAAACUGUUGACAGAGGAUUUUGUUUCAAUGUUGUGAAUUGUGUUCAAUUUUUCAGCCUCUUCGGUUUGGGUUUCAAUGUUGUGUUUGCCACAAGGUUUACUGGUAUAUAUGUGGUGUUUGGUAAAUUUAUUAAUACCAUACCUCAUUUCACUAUUGUUGGCUGGAAAGUAUAGUGUUAUAAAGCUGGUUUACAAUUU